AUGCAGAUCGCAGCCUCACAGCAUCCCGCGGCUCAUGGUAGUGGAGGCCGUACUGUGGGUGCCGGCGGCGGUGGGGGAAUGCUGCACAGCACGUCACUGGAGAGCCUUAUUGUGCUCCUCACAACUGCCCGGACCCAGGCACAUGCUCGUUACCUCAGUGCCCACUUCUCCGGUCCAGAGGAGGAGGCACGCCUGACGCAGCGACUGGUGCUUUACUGCAGCGAUCAGUGCCAACCACUGCUGCGGAAGGCGGCGCGCUGCAUCGGCAUACAACACAUCCGAGUUCUGCAGACCGUGUAUUCCCCACACGUCCACAACUACCCGAUGCAGCUGGAAAUGCUGAAGGCGUCACUCGCAGAGGACGUUGCACACGGACUCUACCCCUUGUUGGUGUGUGGCGUAUUUGGGGCCCUCACGACGGCCGCCGUGGAUCCGCUUGAGGAGCUUGCAGAACUCUGCCGCCGAGUGAAAGUGUGGUUUCACAUCGACGCCAGUCACUCUGGCUUGGCACUUGCUGCUGCUGCGCCUGUUGCGAAGGAGGAAUCAGCGCAAAGAAUGGGACCUACACUUGUGGAAGAAAUGGACACCGUGGCUGAGCAAAUGUGGGAGCAACGUACAUUGGCCUUUCAUAAGGCUGCCCUGCUUGCGGACUCCAUUCACGUUGGCAUCUCAACCUCAUUUCUGCCAACACUCUCAGCCAACUCCUCUGCCGCACUGUUGUACGUUGCGGAGACGGCGAAGGUGGCAGUGACGAUGCGGCGGAUGCAUGCCGAGGAUGAGGCAGGUGGAAACAUGUGGUGCACGCCGGGUGUGGUGGAUUCAUUUCCUUUGCGGCUGGAUUGCCCUGAGAUGCGCUCGAGCGAAAUCAUCCGCCUGGCUCUCAUGCUUAUGCCCUGCAACCCUGCGUCGAUGGGUCGUCUUGUGCGGGGUCAUCAGGCUGCCCUGCGCUACUUUGAACAGCGCGUGCGUGCUGAUGGGCGGUUUGACUGUUCCGUGCAUGCCUCUUGCUUUGGUAUGGUGUUGUUCCGUUGGCUUACACUUGCAGAUGAAGAGACGACAGCUCUCAUGAAGCGCUGGAGCGACGUUCUCGCCUCAUCUGACACGAUGGGCGGAAUUGAGGGCGGCGGCUUCCCGCACCGUGUGUCGCUCGGCCUUACGCGGAUACAACGGCGCGUGCACGUCUGCGUUUCUCUUGCCGCGGGCGGUGAUGAUGGAGAGGCGUGCAUGCGUCGGUGUGACGUGGACGCACUGGUGGAUUCGCUGAAGAAAGUUGCCGAUGCGUGGAGCAACGACUCUGCUUCCCUGACGGCAGCGACGACAUCUAAAUUGGUGACGUGA